AUGCACGAAGAUGAUUUACUCGAAGCUGGUUUAUUCGAAGAUGGCUUACUCGAAGAUAGUGUACGCACGAAGAAGGUUCACACGAAGAUGGCUUGCUCGAAGGGUGGUUUACACGAAGAUGGUUUACACGAAGAUGGUUUACACGAAGAUGGUUUACACGAAGAUGGUUUAAUCGAGGAUGGUUUGCACGAAGAUAGUUUAAUCGAAGAUGGUUUGCACGAAGAUAGUUUAAUCGAGGAUGGUUUGCACGAAGAUAGUUUAAUCGAGAAUGGUUUGCACGAAGAUGGUUUACUCGAGGGUGGUUUACUCGAAGAUGGUUUACAGGAAGGUGAUUUACACGAAGGUGAUUUACACGAAGGUGAUUCGCACGAAGAUAGUUUACUCGAGGAUGGUUUGCACGAAGGUGAUUUAUACAAAGAUAAUUUGCCCGAAGAUGAUUUCCACAAAGAUGAUUUUAACGAAGGUGAUUUUGAGAGGAAAGAAGGAAAGAAGGAAAGAAAGAGACUUUCGAGGGCGGCUGUGGUUUAA